AUACCUUACUAUUGUUACCAACUUCCUCCACUUCAACCGACGGGUUAGUCAGCCCUCACUUGCCCGGCAGCAACUGCCCAUUGGUGGCCUCCGAUUUCCACCCGACCGCAUCGUCAACUUCGAUGAGACCCCUAUCCCUUUUGAGUACCUCGAUGGGUCAACUUGGGCAGCCCGAGGGGCCCAUACUGUGGCUGGCAAGACUGACCGUAGUGGCUGGAGCAAGCGGCAAGCCACUCUUAUUCUCUACAUCUUUGCCGACGGGGUCCAACGGCUACUGCCAAAGCUCAUCUUUCACGGCAAGCCUGCUAGCCUUGGCGGCCAAAUUGAGGCACGUGAGGGUGACUCAUACAGUAAAGAGGUAACAGUUGAAUAUAACGAUACGGCUUACAACAACGAGUAUCUCCUUGGGCAGUGGCUAACAGAUGAAUUUUUUCCCCUUACAACAGGGCAAGAAUACUUGUUAGUUAUGGACGUUGCUACUUUUCACAAGACGCCUUCUAUAUUAUCACGACUUCGAUCCAACCACGUGACACCAAGCCUUAUACCGCCAGGCACAACCUCCCUUCUUCAACCUCUGGAUACUGCUAUCAACAAGCCCUUCAAGCAGUGGUUAUCCGAGGCAACCGACGAGUAUACGUGGCGAAUGGAGCAAGCUGCCGCCGGCCAGCCCAGCCAGCCCAUUCAACGUAUACCCAUUCAACCCAUACCAAUUCAACCC